UGCAGAAGAAAGAAGACUAUUAGACACCCCCCCUAGGGCAGGUAACAGAGGUGUAAGCGCCUGUUCUGAAACUUGGCUCGCGGCCAGGAUUCUUGGGCCACUUGGCUGGGGACCAAACCGCGACAGGAAGCGAUCCACCCCAAGAUGCCUUGCGGUGAUGAAAACUACAACAAAAUAUUUAUCAUCGCGACCCCACCUUUGGUGCUCAGAGCAAAACAGCAACUGACAGAAUACGGCCGGGAGGGAUAGCAAUGGCGGGGAUUCUACUGGUCAUCGUGGUCACUUCGGUCGUGGGGACGGUUCUCCCGAUGAGCAUCCUGUGCCCCUGUCGACACGAGGUCGGAUUCAAAUGUCCCGCUUUGUCGGCGGAGGGUUGCGAGGUGGUCAGGGACGAGUGUGGGUGCUGCGACGCGUGUUCCCGGGGCAGGGGCGAGGCGUGCGGCGGAGAGGCACCGAGGUGCGGCGCAGGGCUGGUCUGCAGACAUCCAGAGUGCAGGAAGUUUGUGCAGGCUCAAGGUGGUCUCAUACCGGCGUGGUGCUUCACUCUUCCCAUGGGGCAAAGCGGCACCUGUGUCCCAGAAGGUAGCGGUGACUUCAUGAACCUGCAGGCGAAGAGUCUGACGUCACAGCAUCCGGGAAUUGUCUCCAAGUGUGGGCCCUAUCCGUUCUGGUGUCCCAGGGUGCAGUUCGACAGGACAACACGGUGUCACGUGUGUGCAGAGAAGAAAUGGGAUCAAGUGGACAAAGCAAAUACGGCUGAAAGUCUGAAGUACGGAGACUGCUCCUUUGAAGGUCUGCUCAUCGCAGACGGUUCCUAUGAGAAAAUCAACGACUGCACCAGGUGCAGUUGUAACGACGGCAAGCUCCACUGCAGUUCCAUGCAAUGUUUCUACUCCCAGGACUGCGCCGAGGUGGAGAGAAUACCCGGGCAGUGCUGUGCAGCGUGCAAGGGUCCACAAGAGAGCGCCCAUGCGUUUCAGGGAAACAAGCGAGUUUACGCGAGAAGACAGAUCAACAGUGUGGGCCGGGCGUCGUGUCGGUUCGGUGAGAGAGAGAUCCCUGAGGGGCAGUGGGUGGCAGUGGGCCCGUGUGAACAGUGUUACUGCAGCGACGGAUUCUUACAGUGCAUGGUGGUGUCCUGCCCUACGACGUCAUGCGCGAACCCAGUGUACGUGUCAGGUGUGUGCUGUCCCGUCUGCCCUUCAAACCAGGACCACACCCCAGCCGCCAUUACGGGAUGACGUCACUUCCGCUUCCGGGCCAGGACGGAGAGGUGUCAUGGCGGCAACUACGUUGUUCAGAAGCCUUUUUCUAGCCAGUUUAGAACUCCCACAAUAAAAUAUCCUACAGUGUCUGCUUAGAGACUAUUCAUAUCACAUGGAUUGACCAAAUAUAUUGUAUCCUGCAAAUAAUGUAAAUGUAUUUCUUGAGUUCCUGUGCUAAAAAUAUCAUUAACACUUGUUAGCGAAAGCAACCAUGCACUAUGCUUUCUAAUAGGUUCUAUUAUUUAUUAAGCAACUCUUAAGAAAGACUGGAUUCUUUUAUCGAUUAAUUACUUGGUCUACGCUUUUCUUGUAUAUAACCACAAAAGAUGUAAUGAGAGGCCAACAUAAAUUAUAUUUGUAAAUUAUGUAGAUUUGCUAUCUAUUAGUAAGACUUAUUCUACCUCCCUUUGAAAUAGGUUAGAUGAUGUGAUAUUUUAUGAUAACGUGUGUGUUGAAGCGCCAAACUUAUGGUAGAGAGGCAUGAAAUACUUCAUACUUCAAUUUGUAACCCAUUAAAAGGCAAGGGCCAGUUUCGGACGCCCCCUAUGUAAAGCAAAAUGAACUGCAUGUACAUGUAGCUUCGGGUUCAAGUCAACACACACGGCGUUGUCUUUGGUGAGUCACUUUUUAUUGACUUUUGCAGAGUAUAGAGUAACAAUUGUCAAACUAAUUACCGUGUUAACUGUUAUUUAAAAUGAUAUCCAACUGAUAUAAGGGGGCAUUCAACACAUUCACGUA